AUGAUUCGACUUAGCUCUCUGCAAAGGGCACUCGCCGCAGCCAUCUUCUUGGUUUUUUUGCUAUGUGGUUUGGUGUACCACAACAGAUUAGAUCAGACCACUUUGACCAGCAAUUGGGGAUCAAGUAGUUCGAAAAAUGUUCCAAUCGGAGAUUGUUCUGUCGAUAUUGGAUAUUUACAUUCAUUGGGUUUCAAUCAUUCGGUGGAUUAUGCGCGUUGGAAUAUUCGAGUCACCGAGUCGAAAAAAUUUACCGGAUUUUCGGAAAGCCUGGAUGUUCCAAUUCCCGAGUUCAACCGCCUUGAGCUCGAUACAGAUGCUACUAUUGAUACUCUUCCGCAAUGUCCGGGGGUGGUAAAUAUCGAAGUACCGAAACGCAAAGCCCCUGUGGACGCAUCCCAUUUGAUGUUUGGUGUGGCGACUACCAUAGACCGAUUAGACGACUCCUUGGAAGCGAUCUCGCGAUGGGCAGGUGGUACAAAAGCUCGCGUGAUCGCUCUGGUUGAGAGCGAUGACAGCCUAAACACCACCGCGGUCAUGGAGUAUGCCACAGAGUUGGACGUGACGCUCCAGAUCCUGGAAAACGACGAAGAAUUCCUAGACCGUUAUUACAGACUCACACGGAUCCUCUUUGAACUUCACGACGAGUCGACUCAGUGGGCUGUCAUUAUCGAUGAUGACACCUUCUUCCCUAGCAUGGAGGGCCUAGUCGCCCAACUAGCGACCUACGACGCAACUAAACCAUACUACAUUGGCGCACCAACUGAAAACAUGCAGCAAAUGGCAUCCUUCACUUAUAUGGGCUACGGAGGCGCCGGAGUCUUCCUCUCAAUGCCGUUGCUGCAAGAAAUCGACGUCCACUUCGACGACUGCUUCGAGUACAAAGACCACGGCGAUAAGCGUGUAUCCAAAUGUAUCUACAGACACACCACCACCAAAUUGACCUGGGAUCGCCACCUCUUUCAGCUUGAUCUGAGCCCGGAUGGCUCCGGCUUUUACGAAGCAGGCCGCCAAUUACCUCUAUCCGUGCACCACUGGAAAUCUGAAAACUGGUUUCCCACAAAUAUCGUCGGCAUGAGCCAAGUCGCCGACAUCUGUGGCCACGAAUGCCAACUUCAACGCUGGAGAAUCACGGAUGACUGGUACUUCAUCAACGGAUUCUCCGUAGUUCAGUACUCAGGUCCACAGACACCAGAAGACUUGGCCUCCAUGGAACAGACUUGGUCGUACUCUUGGAAGGAGGAUGAGUCCUACGAGUACAGCUUGGGACCGUUGCGGCCACGAGAUGAUGGUAAAGUGUCUUACCGACUGCUAGAUGCGGUUUCCGCGAACAAACAGGUCCGGCAGUAUUAUCUACGCCAGCAAGACGAGUGGUCCUUCGAGGAGGAGCCUGAAAGUCCGCAAGUCUUGGAGGUUGUUUGGACAUUGGCCAAGUAG